GAACAAAGUAGUUUCCGACACGGCAAGUCAACAUUAAUGCCACGUACUAAUUUUAGUACUUUAUCAGUUUAUCCAAUUCAACACCAACCAUGGUUUUCUAUUUCUGCUUCUCCACUCUCUGGUGGGUUACAGUCAUCAAUCAGAUUUCCAAGGGCUAGUUCUGGUAUUAUCACAAGUACAGACGCAAUUGUGAUUAGUGUUUCAAGUUGAGCUAACACCUUAAAGAUGGCUACUACCACCAAGGUCUACAUUGUCUAUUACUCCUUGUAUGGACAUGUGGAUACUAUGGCUAGAGAAGUGCACAGAGGGGCUGCUGCAGUUGAAGGUGUUGAAGCAACACUCUGGCAGGUUCCUGAGACGCUUUCGGACCGAAUUUUGGAAAAGAUGAAGGCCCCUUCUAGACCAGAUGAUGUACCAGAUAUCAGGCCAGAACAACUUCCGGAGGCUGAUGGUAUUAUAUUUGGUUUUCCUUCGCGUUUCGGCAUGAUGCCAAGCCAGCUCAAGGCCUUCUUUGAUGCCUCUUCUGGGUUAUGGGCAUCCCAAGCACUCGCAGGCAAACCAGCUGGAGUCUUUUGGAGUACUGGUUUUUAUGGGGGAGGCCAGGAACUUUCGGCAUUGACUACUAUAACACAAUUAGCUCAUCAUGGCAUGCUUUUUGUUCCCCUUGGAUAUACCUUUGGAACUGGCAUGUUUGAGAUGGAUGAGGUGAAAGGAGGCUCCGCAUAUGGUGCUGGAACUUUUGCCGGAGACGGAUCUCGGCAACCUACAGAGCUAGAAUUGCAGCAGGCCUUCUACCAGGGUAAAUACAUUGCUGAAAUAGCAAGGAAGUUGAAAAACUAACCUUUCUGAGUUACAGAUACCUAACAAGAUUCUGUGAAAUGCUGCACUGUUAAGAACUUGAUUGUACUGGUUCAAGGAUUACUUUUACUGAUAGGCUCAGAAGGGCUUCUCAAUGCUAUCCUUUAGCUUAGUACUGCAGCUGCAAGAAUAUAUUUUUCCUUUUUCUUUCCACUUUCAGAAACUUCAAAUUAUUCUAAUGCAAAUAUGCAAUGAGCAAUGAAUAUGAUAGACAUCUUGUUUGAUUCAUAUUAAAGAUAGCAGUGAUCAUAUUAUUCUAA